GGCCCGUUCUGCACCUUGGCUUCUUGGGUCUUCUUCACACGACACACGAGUUCCUCAUUCCCGAACCAAUUAUAUCACUUUCUGAAGUCUGAACCUUGAGUGCCGUCGCCCCUCACUUCCCAUCGUCCUCCAUAGGAGUGUAACAAAUGUCCACCCUAGAAAUUGAAGCCAGAGAUGUCAUCAAGAUUGUGCUCCAAUUUUGCAAAGAAAAUUCUUUGCACCAAACUUUUCAGACGUUACAGAACGAGUGCCAGGUUUCUUUGAAUACUGUGGACAGCGUGGAGACGUUUGUUGCCGAUAUCAAUAGUGGGAGGUGGGAUGCGAUACUGCCUCAAGUGGCUCAGCUUAAGCUGCCCAGGAAUAAAUUGGAGGAUUUGUAUGAGCAGAUUGUAUUAGAAAUGAUUGAACUUCGAGAGUUGGAUACCGCACGAGCUAUUUUAAGGCAAACUCAGGUGAUGGGUGUCAUGAAGCAAGAGCAACCGGAAAGAUAUUUGAGACUUGAACAUCUCCUAGUCAGAACUUACUUUGAUCCAAAUGAGGCUUACCAAGAUUCUACUAAGGAAAAACGCCGUGCACAAAUUGCCCAAGCUCUUGCUGCCGAAGUUACUGUGGUGCCACCUUCACGAUUAAUGGCUCUGAUUGGUCAGGCUCUGAAGUGGCAGCAGCACCAAGGUUUACUUCCACAAGGAACACAGUUUGACUUAUUUCGAGGAACCGCUGCUAUGAAACAAGAUGUAGAUGACAUAUAUCCAACUACUCUUCAACACACAAUAAAGUUUGGGACAAAAAGUCAUGCCGAAUGUGCCCGGUUCUCACCAGAUGGACAGUUUCUCGUCUCAUGCUCUGUCGAUGGAUUUAUUGAGGUCUGGGAUUACAUCAGUGGGAAGCUCAAGAAGGAUCUUCAGUACCAGGCUGAUGAAACAUUCAUGAUGCAUGAUGAUCCGGUGCUUUGUGUCGACUUUAGCAGAGAUUCUGAGAUGCUUGCAUCUGGGUCACAGGAUGGAAAGAUUAAAGUUUGGCGUAUAAGGACUGGUCAAUGCUUGCGCCGUCUUGAACGUGCACAUUCUCAGGGUGUCACCAGUCUUGUCUUCUCUCGAGAUGGAACUCAGUUACUAAGUGCAUCAUUUGACAGCACAGCAAGAAUUCAUGGCUUGAAAUCUGGGAAGUUGUUGAAAGAAUUUCGUGGCCAUUCGUCUUAUGUGAAUGAUGCUAUCUUUACAACGGAUGGGAGUCGUGUUAUUACUGCUUCUAGUGAUUGCACUGUGAAGGUCUGGGAUGCGAAGACAACAGACUGUCUACAAACAUUUAAGCCGCCGCCUCCUUUACGGGGUGGAGAUGCUUCUGUGAAUUCUGUUCAUCUUUUCCCCAAAAAUACUGAUCACAUUAUUGUAUGUAAUAAGACAUCAUCGAUCUACAUUAUGACACUUCAAGGACAGGUCGUUAAGAGUUUCUCAUCUGGUAAAAGAGAAGGUGGAGACUUUGCUGCUGCCUGUGUGUCACCAAAAGGGGAAUGGAUUUACUGUGUUGGUGAAGACAGGAAUAUGUACUGCUUCAGCUACCAGUCUGGUAAACUAGAGCAUCUACUGAAGGUCCAUGAAAAAGAUGUAAUUGGCGUCACGCAUCAUCCACACAGGAACCUUGUUGCUACCUUUGGUGAAGAUUGCACUAUGAAAUUGUGGAAGCCUUGAAUCUCCUAUAUCUUGGUUGUACUAAUGUGCUCUAUUGUAAAUUAAGUGAGUUGUUUCCCGUUAUAUAUAAUAUAUGUUAGUUUUUGCUAUUUUCAUGUUAUGCUGACUGCUGAAGACCAAGAGUUACUAAUCUAUAAUUGGCAACGGUAACUGCGGGAGAGUUCUAUAUUGUUGAACAGCUAGAGCACUUUUUCCGUUGAAUUUGGGUUUAAAUUUUUUUUUUGUUUUCUUAGCAUAUAUCGAUGCUAAGCACCUGAUUGUAAUCUUAUGCUGCAAGCUCUUGUGAUUUGAAUCAGUUUUCUUA